AAGGCUUUGUUACGUGUAACGAUAUUAAGCAGGCCAAAGUGUGUUGAUGAGGUGGCCUUUCAGGAGGAGGUAGUAGCAGUGCUGAAGAAGUCUCUGGAAGGAGCUGAUCUUCCAAACCUGCUCUUCUAUGGCCCUCCUGGAACAGGGAAGACCUCAACUAUCUUAGCUGCUGCCAGGGAACUUUAUGGUCCACAACUGUACAGACAGAGGGUGUUGGAGCUCAAUGCCUCUGAUGAACGAGGCAUCCAGGUUGUCCGAGAGAAGGUCAAGAACUUUGCUCAGCUCACCGUGGCCGGGACUCGUCCAGAUGGGAAGCUGUGUCCUCCUUUUAAGAUCAUCAUCCUGGAUGAGGCGGACUCCAUGACUGCACCGGCUCAGGCCGCUCUAAGGCGGACUAUGGAGAAGGAGUCUCGUACCACCCGUUUCUGCCUCAUCUGUAAUUACAUCAGCAGAAUUAUUGAGCCUCUGACCUCCAGAUGUUCCAAGUUUCGCUUCAAACCUCUAGCAAAUCAGAUCCAAGAAGAGCGCCUGCUGGAGAUCUGUGAGAAGGAGAACCUCAAGUACACCAAAGAGAGUAUUGCAGAAUUGGUGAGGGUGUCUGAGGGAGACUUGCGGAAAGCCAUAACCUUCCUCCAGAGUGCUGCGCGUCUCAACAUCGACAAGGAGAUCACAGAGCGAGCUGUCCUUGAAAUAGCUGGGGUCGUCCCUCUCAAAAUGAUUGACCACUUGCUCCAGAUAUGCUUCACAGGAACAUUUGAGAAGCUAGAGGUUGCUGUCAGGAACAUGGUGGAUGAAGGCUAUGCAGCCACACAGAUCCUGAGUCAGCUCCAUGAGUCUAUCAUAGAGCAGGACCUGAGUGACAAGCAGAAGUCGGCAAUUACAGAGAAGAUGGCGGUUGUCAGUAAGUGCCUGUCAGACGGUGCAGAUGAGUACUUGCAGAUGUUGAGUCUGUGUUCAGUCAUCAUGCAGCAUGCCUCCCAGAACAACUAAAACGCCACAAAACAGCAUACUCUCCCCUGGGACUCGGAUUCAGAGUUUGUUCACAGUUGCAGUUUUGGAUGUCCAUCAGUAGAUAACCAGAAAUUGAUGUUUAAUUUUAGAGACCACAGCUGUCAAGGUGUUUCUCUACACAAAACUCCUCUCCCUCCUCUUACUUCAAUAAAUAAGAACCAAUCAUCUGAA